UAGGGCGGGAGAGCCGCAGCACCAGCAUCAGCACCAGCGGAUCUCUAUGACGGCAGCGCCUCCGGGAUGGUGCAGAAAUCCCGCAACGGCGGUGUGUUUCCCGCCGCCCCGCAGGCCGAGAAGAAGCUGAAGGUGGGCUUCGUGGGUGUGGAGGCGGGCGCGCCGGAGUGCAGCCGGGACGGAGCGCUGCUGAUCGCGGGCGCCGAGGCGUCGAAGCGCGGCAGCAUCCUCAGCAAACAGCGCUCCAGCAUCUCCGGCAAGCGGCCGCCGAAGCGCAACGCGUUUUACCGACGCCUGCAGAAUUUCCUCUACAAUGUGCUGGAGAGACCGCGCGGAUGGGCGUUCAUCUACCACGCUUACGUUUUCCUGCUGGUUUUCUCCUGUCUGGUUUUAUCUGUUUUCUCUACCAUCAAAGAAUAUGAGAAGAGCUCUGAGGAUGCGCUGUACAUCCUGGAAAUCGUGACCAUCGUGGUGUUUGGGGUGGAGUAUAUCGUGAGGAUCUGGUCUGCCGGAUGCUGCUGUCGAUAUCGAGGAUGGAGAGGAAGACUCAAGUUCGCCCGCAAGCCCUUUUGUGUGAUCGACAUCAUGGUGCUGAUCGCCUCCAUCUCGGUUUUGGCUGCGGGUACGCAGGGGAAUGUGUUCGCCACCUCCGCCAUCAGGAGUCUCCGAUUCCUCCAGAUUCUCCGCAUGAUCCGCAUGGACCGCCGCGGGGGAACCUGGAAGCUGCUGGGAUCCGUCGUCUACGCUCACAGCAAGGAGCUGAUCACCGCCUGGUACAUCGGCUUCCUCUGCCUGAUCUUGGCCUCGUUUCUGGUGUAUUUGGCAGAGAAAGAGGACAACGAGAUGUUUGAGACGUAUGCAGAUGCGCUCUGGUGGGGUCUGAUCACUCUGACCACCAUUGGCUAUGGUGAUAAAUACCCCAUCACCUGGAACGGCCGUCUGCUGGCGGCCACAUUUACACUGAUCGGCGUCUCCUUCUUUGCACUGCCUGCGGGAAUUCUGGGUUCUGGGUUUGCCCUGAAAGUUCAGGAACAGCAUCGGCAGAAACACUUUGAGAAACGCAGAAAUCCUGCAGCAGGACUCAUUCAGGCUGCCUGGAGGUUUUAUGCCACAAACCUGAAUCGUACAGAUCUCUAUUCAACGUGGGAUUAUUACGAGAGGACCAUUUCAGUGCCCAUGUACAGGUAUAUUUACAGUCCAACACGAAAUUACCAGCCAUCUGUGAAACUCAUCCCUCCGCUGAAUCAACUCGACCUGCUCCGAAACCUCAAGAGUAAAUCUGGCCUCUCCUUCAGGAAGGACGCCCAACCGGAGCCUUCACCGAGUCAGAAGGUGAGCCUGAAGGAGCGUGUGUUUUCCAGCCCGAGAAAUUCAGCGACCAAAGGCAAAAACUCUCCACAGGGUCAGCAGCCGCUCCGCCGCUCGCCCAGCGCCAACAGCAUUGAAGACAGUCCAUCCAAAGUGCCCAAAAGCUUAAGUUUCGGAGACCGCAACCGCGCCAGACAAGCCUUCAGAUUUAAAGGAGCGGCGUCCCGACAGAACUCAGAAGAAGCCAGCCUUCCCGGAGAAGACAUUGUUGAUGACAAUAAGAGCUGCCAUUGUGAGUUUGUCCCUCAGGAUUUAACACCAGGACUCAAAGUUACCAUCAGAGCCGUGUGCAUCAUGAGGUUUAUGGUGUCCAAGCGGAAGUUUAAGGAGAGUCUGCGUCCGUAUGACGUGAUGGAUGUGAUCGAGCAGUAUUCAGCAGGACAUCUUGACAUGCUGGCGCGCAUUAAAAACCUGCAGUCCAGGUUAGAUAUGAUUUUGGGUCCUCCGGGUCCCAGCACCCCUCGCCCAAAGAAGUGUUCAACCAAAGGAAGCAAAGAGUCACCCCAGUGGUCUUCUAGAGUGGAUCAGAUUGUUGGUCGAGGGGCUCCGAUUACAGACAAGGACCGUCCUAAAGGAACCACGGAUGGAGAACUGCCAGAGGAUCCCAGCAUGAUGGGACGACUCGGGAAAGUGGAGAAACAGGUCAUGUCAAUGGAAAGGAAGCUGGAUUUCCUGGUGAACAUCUACAUCCAGCGUAUGGGCAUCCCACAGUCUGAGACGGAUGCGUACUUCGCUUCUAAGGAGCCUGACCCGGCGCCUCCAUACCACAGUCCGGUGGAGCACAUGGAGAAGAGCGGCUCCAUCACCAAAAUCAUCCGCUCCAACAGCUCCGCCGGCCAGAAGAACUUCGACCCUCCGCCCUCCACCUGCGUUAACCACCACUGCCCACCCUCCACCUCCUGGCACCCGCAAACAGCACCCGAGCCCGGCCAGGGAUCAUCUCCAAUGGGUGACCCCUCACUAGUCCGCAUCCCUCCACCUCCAGCCAACGAGCGCUCAUCUGGAGGCCACAGCGGAGGCUCCCGUGGACACCAUCAUUCCCGCGGGACACCGGCUGAAGACGGACGUCCAGCUUCCCAAGCACAAGCUGGAGCCGAAAGCGACACGUCUGUCUCCAUCCCCUCGGUGGAUCACGAGGAACUGGAGCGCUCCUUCAGCGGAUUCAGCAUCUCACAGUCUAAAGAAAACCUGGACUUUCUGAACAACACCUACUUUAGUGGUGUGUCGCGGUGCACUAAAGUCCGGCCAUAUAUUGCGGAGGGCGAAUCGGACACGGAUUCUGACUUGUGCGCUCCUUCGCCUCAUUCGGCCACCGGUGAUGGUGCAUAUGCAGAAAGAGGCUGGACUGGUAACAAGUAAAAUGAGGAGAGAGGAAUCAGAAAUGGGAUUCAAACAGCUGCUGGAAUCAAGCUUCAA